AUGGCGCAGAGGAUGGAAGAAACCUCCGAGCAGAGGGUGCAGGAUGACUUUUGCGAGAAAACCGGCACCUUCCUCGGGACUAUACAGAGAAUUAUCUACCCGAUCAUCUUCCUCUUCAUCCUCUUGGUGGGAUUGGCUCUGAACCUCGCCGUCAUGUGGAUCUUGGUAGCUCGGAUCAAACGCUGGAACCGAAGCACCAUCUUCCUCUUCAACUUAGUCCUGGCUGAUAUCACUUGGAUCCUUUGCCUCCCGUGCCUGAUCUACUACCACUUCAACUAUCUGCACUGGAUCUUCGGCGACGCCGCCUGUAAAAUAACCCGGACCAUUUAUCACACUUGCUAUUACUGCAGUAUCUACUUUGUCACCUGCCUGAGCAUAGAUCGUUACCUGGCCAUCGUGCACCCUCUCAAGUCUUUGAGGAUCCUCAAGAAGCACCAGUCUUUGCUCAUCUCUCUGACCAUUUGGAUGGCGACGUCUAUCAGUAGUUUGCCUGUAACCUUCUUGGCCGGAACCCAAGUCUGCGAGAACAAUAAAACAAUCUGCUCCCUUUAUGUGUUUUCCGAGGAAACGCACGUCACGUUGCCUUACUCUUUAAUCUCAACUGCUGUCGGGUGUCUUCUACCCUUUGCUUCUAUAUGCUACUGCUACUGUAGCAGCGUAGGUGAACUCAGGCGGGUCGAAAUGCAAAGACUGAAGAAGAGAAAUCUGUUGAGCAAACUCAUGUGUUCGGCGUUGGUCAUUUUCGGUCUCCUCUACCUACCUUAUCAUGCCUCCAGGAACUCCUGCAUAUUAUUGAGGGUGCUCACGCCAACCAUGCAAUUGGCCAUCGAGAGGGCGGACGCUCUGUUCUUCAUAGAGAUGGCUGUGUGCAGUCUGAAUACCUGCAUCAAUCCCCUCUUCUGUUUUCUUGCCGGAGGGGACUUUCGGGAACAAGUUUGCCGAAUAGUGAACUCAUUUCCGCCGUUCAAGAAGUGGAAGUUUAGGAAUAGGAGAACGGUUUGCCCGAUAUAA